UCUCUCUCUCUCUCUCAUAUAUUCCAUUCAUUCUUGCAUGAGAAGCAAACGGCGCUGGUUCCAAGAGUCGUUUUUUCGAGAGUUUUCGAUACCCACCAGCCAUGCCCGCUUUCCCCGCCGUCGCGGCUUGUCCUUCCACCAGCUCGCGCCUCCUCGUCCAGCCUCCGCAUCCUCUCGCCUCUGCCGCCGUUGGCUAUCGGAAUAAAUAUACAACACUAGAAAGAUGUUGGUCUUUAACCCAGACCUGGACAGCACAUAAGCCCUUGGCUCGUCCCGGAGUUGUUGCAUGCAGAUCUAAAGGAAAGUCAUUCCCAUGCCUUUCUGCUACACCAUCUCCGUUUUUAGGUGGGGAUCAAGGUGGCCUGUUGCGCAGAAUUCCUAUGCUGCCGAGACAAAGCAAAUCUCUAAUGUCUGUGCAAGCAUCCGCGGAUAAUCCCUUCAGUGUUCGCAUCCCGACAAUAGAUGAGAAGCCAGUAUGGUGGUGGAGGAUUUUGGCCUGUCUUCCGUAUCUUUUAGCUUUGCAGAUGUCUGAGACAGCGUAUUAUGUCCAACCCUUCCUUGAACGCUACGAAUUCCUCGAGAGUUUGUUUUAUUAUAUCCCAGGAGCAGUUCAUAGAUUACCUUGGUGGUUCCAGUUUGCACAUUUCUACGUUGCCUACUUAGGAGUGGUGCAGAGUGACAAAUGGCCUCACUAUUUACGAUUCCAUGUAGCCAUGGGCUUUCUACUAGAAUCGGCCCUGCUGGUGGUGGUGCAGUCAAGCAAUCUCAUGCCACUUAUACACUUUCAAGGUACUUUUGGGUUAUACUACUGGGCAGCUGUGGGAUUCAUGUAUAUUGUGAUGGUGUUGGAGUGUGUAAGGUGUGCUCUUGCUGGUAGGUAUGUUAAACUCCCUUUGAUUAGUGAUAGUGCAUUUAUCCAUAGUCUUUUUAGAGUGAGGGGAUACCAUCGGCCUAUAUAGUCAGUGGUAUCAAGUCCCCCCAUUGUGUAGCCCCAUGUCUCUUUCACAAGAAAAAGGGGUAGAAAAAGAACAGGGAAAAAAAGAAAGAGAAAAGAAAGAUGUUUCAGUGUUGGUGUCAACAUUCGUUCUUUGUAUUUUCAUGUUGGUUUGUUCUUGAGUAGAAAAUUUUGAUGAACAAUAAGUGAUGGUUGAUGAUGGUGCAAUAUAUAUAAAUGUCUUUGCAACUAUGAGAAUUUCAGCUUGAUGAUUAUUUCAGAAAGAAUAAUGAUAUUUAGUAAACAUAG